AUGUUACUAGACGCCAUGGUGGGUCAAGAUUCGGGUAGUAGCCCCAAAGUGGAGGACCUCGCCAGUAUUAGUGAGGUUCCCGGCGAUAUGCCUGCGCCACCCGCCGCGUCAAAGGACAGCUCGAAGAAGACAGACCCAAAUAACCAGGCGGCUAAUGGCAAUGUACCUCCACCCAAGACUGACAAGCCUCGGCCGCACGUCUGCACCACAUGCAGUCGCUCGUUUGCCCGCCUCGAACACUUGAAGCGUCAUGAGCGCUCGCAUACAAAGGAAAAGCCAUUUGAAUGUCCAGACUGUGCGCGCUGUUUUGCCCGUCGGGAUCUUCUCCUUAGACAUCAGCAGAAAUUGCACAUGACUUCAACACCAUCAUCGCGCCCGAGAAAUGCUCGGAGGGAAAGCACCGGUGCCGCUGGUACAGGGACGGGGACGGGGACAAAUCGUGUUCGCAAGAAUUCCAUCGCUAGUAAUUCGAGCAACAUGAGACCCCGUGCCAAUACCAUCAGUCACAUCGAUCAGUCUGCUUUAGGUAUUGUCAAUACAACCAACCCUUCACCGGCGCCUCAGGCGCAGCCCAACCAUGCAUACCAUGCGAGUAUCAGUUCGUCUGUGGGCUCGAAUGUUGAUUAUCAUCAUCACCACCGCGGCUUCAGCUCGGGGCAUCCCCCAGUGAAUGGUCUCGCAAAGAUCGAGACUUCUGGCCUGCCAGUUGAUCUCUCCGGUGGACUUCGUACUGCCCCUGUCUAUGGCAGCUUCGAUGUUAAUCUCGGAGAGAUGCUCAUGGGUCAUGGCAGCACAAUCAACCCGGCUCAGCUUCACUUUGGUGGCUCCCCGCAGCAGAACUACGGACACGACUCUCCCUCCUCCCCAUUCACUCAUGGCGCCCACCACAUUCCUCCUACCACGGAACCGAUGAUGGAAGACGAAUUCAGUUUCGACUGGAUGAACGGAUUUGAUCCCUCAUUACCUCUGGGUAACGGUCCCGACUCGGCCAUCGACGAGUCUUCCCCCUCGGCGAUGAGUACAGGUAGCCAGAGUGGAAUUAGUGAGGCCAUGAUGGACGGGUCAAAUCGUCUCUCCAUGCCUUCUUCUGGCUGGCACAACCCUUUUCCAUCGCAUACUGGCGCUCCUUCCAACCACUUUCCGAUCGAUUACUCGUCUCCUACUUUUAACGAUUUAGGAAUCCCCCCGGAGACUGUUUCUCCAAAGUCCCUGAUGGCUCAGAAUCCGUUUGCUGAAACGUAUGCCACCCCUCCGUCCAUGACGUCGGUGGGACAGCCCAUGUUGGGUGGACAUUCGCAGAGUAUGUUUUCAUCCUCUAUGGCAACAAGCGGAGAAUCUCCUAAUCCUCUCAACCUCCCUUUCGCCAAUAGUGCCCUACGAAAUCACCAUUCCCCAACCUCCACAGAUACCUUUACAGACUCGACACGACGGGCUUUAUUAGCCAGUAUGGCCCAGCCCUCCGGUUUCAGUCAUCGCAAGUACUCCCAACCAGCAAGUGGAAUGAUACAUAGUCGCGACCUGUUUUCUCGUUCCGGUGGAUUCAACAGCACCGGUCCGUUACCCAGCACCUUGGACAUGCAACGUUAUAUCUCGGCCUACAUCACCUAUUUCCAUCCCCAUAGCCCGUUCCUUCACAUCCCGACCCUCAACUUCCAAGCCCCCGAGUAUACAAGCAACCUGCGAACGCCCAGCGGUCAUUUAAAUCUAAGCUCUACCGGUGUAGCCGGGGGUGGAGGCUGCCUGAUUCUGUCCAUGGCAGCAAUCGGUGCUCUCUACGAGUACGACACGGCCGCCUCCAAAGAUCUUUUUGAAGCAGCCAAGAAAAUGAUCCAGCUCUAUCUCGAAGAGCGCCGUAAAGCAGACAUGUCCGCCGCCUUGAGUCGAUCAAAUCCCGUCCGUGAUGACUCUGUACACAACACCCCACUUUGGUUGGUGCAGGCGAUGCUACUCAACGUGAUCUACGGACAUACGUGCGGUGAUAAGAUGUCCGCAGAUAUCGCUAGUACCCAUUGUGCCGCAUUGGUCAGCCUUGCCCGGGCAGCAGACCUGACACACCAUAUUGACCCUCAUAAUCUCCCCCCGGACCACUUGAGUGCUGGACUUGGCGCAAAGGAACAACAGGGCUCUGAUUCUGAGAAUUGGGGCUCCCCAUCAUUUGGUCCACCUAAAGAACGGAAAGACUGGCUGGAUUGGAAGAUAGUUGAGGAACGGAAGCGCACUCUCUAUGCCAUCUUUGUCCUCUCCAGUUUCCUCACAUCGGCCUAUAACCAUGCCCCGGCUCUUACUAAUUCUGAAAUCCGGCUCGAUCUCCCAUGUGAAGAGGAUCUGUGGGCGGCUGAGUCGCCCCAGGCGUGGAAGAAAAUGGGAGGACAUCUAGCAUCCAAGAAGGGCCUGCCGUUUUCGGCUGCUUUGACGACACUGUUGACUGCCAGCCAAAGAGAGCAACAGCAAACACCUCCGCCAAAUGAUCUCUUCAGCUUCAGCACUCCGCCCGAGGAUCUGCCAAGUAGCGAUAUGAAACCAAGCACAUUCGGUUGCCUUGUACUUAUAUAUGCCCUGCACAACUAUAUCUGGGAAACUCGACAGAGACACAUGGGUCGACAGUGGACCGCUCGGGAGACCGAUGCCAUGCAAGCACAUAUUGAGCCUGCCUUGCGGGCAUGGCAAGCUGCCUGGGCCAGUAGUCCAUUCCAUAGCCUGGAGCGGCCCAAUCCAUUCGGAGCAGGUCCAUUGUCUGCAGAUAGUAUACCGUUAUUGGAUCUUGCCUAUGUGAGGCUGUUCGUUAAUCUUGGACGUUGCAAGGAGGCAUUUUGGCAGCGAGACUGGAAUGCGAUGUCUGAUGAGCUCGCGCGCGGGACCGAGAUAUUCCAGCAUGUGGAAGAGAUUUCUCCAGAUGUGCUUGACCCGUCGAUGACCGACACCGUCGGUCAGUUCGAUCAUAGGCGUGACUCGGUGGCGUCUCUGGGUGUGGGAGAUCUUGCUAUCUCCAAGACCCCGACGCAAGAGAACCCCAUGCAUGUUCCCCUAGAUGCAUUGACAAGCUUCUAUCGACCUGGCCAGUCCAGACGGGAAAAGCAUCUACGGAAGGCUGCUUUCUACGCAGCUGAUUCAAUCUCCAUGUCAGAUCGACUAGGGAAUACUUUUGCCGAGUUCACAUGCAGAGAGCUCCCCAUCCAGUGUGCUAUGUGUUCUUUUGACUGCGCUCAAGUCCUUGCAGAAUGGAUCACCACAGUCCAAGAGCGUGUUGGACAGUACUUAGGAAUUCUGGGCCAAGAUGAAGUUGAUAUGGCUCAGGCCUCUGGCCUUGUGCUAUUGGAGGAGGAGGAUUUUAAACUUUUGGACAAGAUUAAGGAGAUACUUGGGAGUAUCGAGACCAAGUUGCAACGAGAAGCUCAAAACAGUACUACUGUUUCUGCGCUGAGCGUGUUGCAGCGACUACCUAGUGUUGUGGAGGGGGGUUAUGGCUGUAAGAUUUUGAUAGCCACAGCAAGCCUUCUGGACAGAGCUGCUGUCUGGCCAGUAACAAAACUCAUGGCUCGAUCUCUUGAAGCGCAAGCUAUGCGCUUGAAAGAACGUGCUGAAACCUCACUAAUGGGCUCUGCCUAA